AUGGCGUCGCCUCAGCAACUCCGUACUCCUCUGACUGAUCUUCUCAAGAUCAAACACCCAGUCCUUCUGGCUGGUAUGAACGUUGCGGCUGGCCCCAAGCUUGCUGCAGCUGUUACCAAUGCCGGUGGCCUGGGUGUCAUUGGCGGUGUUGGUUACACUCCAGAUAUGCUCAAGGAGCAGGUACAUGAGCUGAAGAGCUUCCUCAACGACAAGAAUGCUCCAUUUGGUGUUGAUCUCCUUCUCCCUCAAGUUGGCGGCAGUGCUCGCAAGACAAAUUAUGAUUACACUAAGGGAAAACUUGACGACUUGGUCACAAUCAUCAUUGAAAGUGGUGCGAAACUUUUCGUCUCGGCAGUUGGUGUUCCACCAAAGCAUGUUGUUGAGCGCCUCCACAAAGCCGGUAUUCUCUAUAUGAACAUGAUCGGACACCCGAAGCAUGUGCAAAAAUGUCUAGACAUCGGUGUGGAUAUCAUCUGCGCCCAGGGCGGUGAGGGUGGCGGCCACACUGGAGAUACCCCUACCUCAAUCCUUAUUCCAACUGUUGCAAAGCUUGUGCAGGGCCACAAGAGUCCACUGACCGGCCAACCGGUUCAGGUUGUCGCCGCCGGUGGUAUCUUUAACGGCCAAACUGUUGCUUCGGCCUUGAUGCUCGGUGCUUCUGGUGUCUGGGUCGGUACUCGAUUUGUUCUUUCGGACGAAGCUGGCGCACCACACGACCACCAGGAAGCCGUCAGGACUGCCGGUUUCGAUGACAAUGUCCGCACCAUCAUUUUCACUGGCCGACCGAUGCGUGUCCGCAUGAAUGAAUACAUCAGGAACUGGGAAGAGAAUCGAGUCCAAGAAAUGAAGGAUCUUACUAGCCAGGGUAUUAUUCCUGUUGAACAUGACUUUGAGGAGCUUGGUGAUGAUGUUGAUGACGAUACUAUCGAUAAUGCUCGCCCACAUUUGAUGGGUAAGGCUGCCGCUGUUGUCAACGAGAAGAAAUCGGCGAAGGCAAUCGUCGACGAACUCGUUACCGAUGCUGUUGCUUGGCUCAAGAAGGGCAAUGGCAUGAUCUCUAAAUUGUAG